AUGCCCAACACUCUUGGUAACGGUGAAUGGCUUGAAGUUGGCCAGAGCCUAUGGAGUCAAAAUGGCGAGACUGAGCUGAAAAUGCAAGAGGAUGGCAAGAUCGCGGUUUACGUGAACGGCGAAUGUGUAUUCCAGAACACAGACGAGCAGAGGUACGAUGUCAAGGGUAUCCAUAUGCAACCCGAUGGGAAUCUUGUUAUGUACGAUAACAACAACACACCCCUCUGGCACACCGAUUCCACCGGGUCAUCGGACCCCAGCUCAGUUGUCUGUGCUGUGCAGAACGAUGGUAACGUCGUUCUGUACACUGGCCAGGCCAUCUGGGCCACCAACACCGGAAGAUAG